GAAGCAGCUCUGAGUUCCUCACAUCAUUAUUCAUCUCUGCUCUGAUGUUGACUGAAACAUGAAUCUGUGAUGUGCUUUAAUGUUUCAUCUGUCAGCAUGAUGAGAGAAUGAAGGCAGAACAAAGCAGGAUGAGGAGAGGAGGAAGGAAGAUGAGGAGGUUCACAUUCAGUUUGUGAAUCAAACUGUUGGAAUCAUCGACUGAUCAUCCUCCUCAGACAGGAGGAAGAGGAGGACGAGGAGGAGGAGGAGGAUGGAACAGGAUCCUCAGCUGUGAUUUGUUCUGCUGCUGUUGAGGAUUUAAAGCUGAUUUCUGGUGAGUGUUGAACAGAGUGAACUCCGUCUGUCAGCUGUUCGCUCUGGUUGGAUUUUGGCUCAGAGUUCGACUGAAAAUAUCCGAUGAUGCAGGAAGUGAGGUCGUCUGAAAUGAAAAAUCUGCUUCAUGCUGGUUUUUGACACAUUCUCUGUUUCCUUCAAGAUGUAAAGAAGAUGUUUGGAAGAAACGGAUGUUUUCUCAUGAAGAUGAAAAGAUGUUUAAGAUGAAAGCAGCAGAAAACUAGAUGCUUGCUGGUUUCAUUGGAAAGAAGAAGGUUUGGGAGUCGCUUCAGUUGAUGAAGCUUGUGUUUCUACAGAAGAUAGACUCUGACUUUAACAGCAACAGAACGGCUGUAGCAGCAGACAGCAUCUCCAGCAGACAUAAGCUGCAUGUUCCUCUAACAAGAAAUCAUCUCCAUGUUUGGAUCACAGCAGAUGAAGUUUGGAAGCAGCCUGUGGUCUCCUCAGCAGAGGACAGAGUCUGGGAACCGACUGAAGAUGAGGUUUGGAAGCCGUCUGUGCACCCUGAACGUUGGAGGUCGCAGGUUUUCCUUCUCGGCGGAGCUCAUGAAGCACCUCCCUCUCAGCAGACUUAGCCGGCUGCAUCGCUGCGUGUCGGAGAGCGAGCUGCUGGAGCUCUGCGACGAUUAUGACCGUGACCGGAACGAGUUCUUCUUCGACCGCCACUCCGAGGCCUUCAGCUUCAUCAUGCUGUACGUGCAGCACGGGAAGCUGCGCUUCGUACCGCACAUGUGUGAGCUGUCCUUCUACAACGAGAUGCUGUACUGGGGCCUGGAGAGCUCUGACCUGCAGCCCUGCUGCCAGCGCCGCCUUGACGACCGCAUGUCCGACUGCUUCAUCCACUACUUUCCUGAGAAGGAGCCGCGAGGCCCCGAGGAGCCCCGGAGCCCCUGGCUGGAGAGGAUGAGGAGGACGUUCGAGGAGCCCACUUCCUCGCUGGCAGCGCAGAUCCUGGCUUCGGUGUCGGUGCUGUUCGUGGUCAUCUCCAUGGUGAUGCUGUGUGCCAGCACCUUACCGGACUGGACGGCUGCUGAGACCGUGGAGCAACAGAGGGUCAUCGAGGCGGUUUGCAUUGGUUGGUUCACAGCUGAGUGCAUCGUCCGUUUCCUCGUGUCUCGUGAUAAAUGGGAGUUUGUCCGUCGUCCUCUGAACAUCAUCGACCUUCUGGCCAUCCUGCCGUUCUACGUCUCCGUUACCGUGACGUUCCUGACGGGGGAGAACUCCCAGAUGCAGCGUGCCGGCGUCACGCUGCGCAUCCUGCGCAUGAUGCGGAUCUUCUGGGUGAUUAAACUGGCGCGUCACUUCCUGGGGCUGCAGACGCUCGGCCUGACGCUGCGGCGCUGCUACCGCGAGAUGGUAAUGCUCCUUGUCUUCGUCUGCGUCGCCAUGGCGAUCUUCAGCGCGCUAGCACAGCUGCUGGAGCACGGCCUGGACGCGGAGACCGGAAGCCAGGACUACGCCAGCAUCCCCGCCGCCUGCUGGUGGGUCAUCAUCUCCAUGACGACGGUGGGAUACGGCGACAUGUAUCCGGUGACGGUGGCGGGCCGAGUGCUGGGCGGACUCUGCGUGUUGAGCGGCAUCAUCCUGCUGGCGUUGCCCAUCACCUUCAUCUACCACAGCUUCGUCCAGUGCUACCACGAGCUGAAGGUCCGAUCGGCCCGCGGAAACCGGGUCGUAUCGGCCGAAUACGUCCACUGACCUCAGCGCUGGACCAAUCAGAACAAGGCAGCAGGAAGAGAGGAGAGUUCUGACCUAUCAGAGGCGUCUUGUCCCAGGACACUCUUCCUGUGUCCACCUGUUGACUCGCAGGUGAGCCAGGUGUUCAGGUGUUCAGGACCUUCAGUCUCAGGCAGAUGGUUCCUGACACAGCAAACAGAACCACUAAAGUCCAAGGAGUUCAUCUGAACCGCUGCUGGUUCAGAUUUUGUCAUUCUGUGUUUGAACUGAGCGCAUCAGCAGGAAACAGUUGUUUAACCCUCGUGUCGUCCUGCGGGUCAAAUUGACCCGUUUUAAAGUUUGAAAAUGUGGAAAAAAAUACAUUUUCACAGUGAAACUUCUGAUGUCCACAUUUUCAACAUUUUUGGGAAAUCUUUGAACAUUUUUUGGUGGAAAAAAGAAAUCUUAAAAAUGUCUCUUAAGAACAUUAACCAAAAAAAUCAACCAAAAUCCAGUGAAUUUCGCUGGAUUUUGGUUGAUUUUUAUGUGAAUGUUCUUAAAGAAAAUAUUAGAAGUUUUACUAAUACAUAUGGAAUCACUUUAGAUAUUUAUAGGAUUUUUUUGGAAGGUUUUUACUAAUUUUUUGAAAAUAUUUACAAGAAUUUUCUUGCCAAAUUUGGGGGAUUUUUUUUUAAAAGUAAAACUUUCAAGGGAAGCUUUUCAGGAAUUAUUGGAAUUUUCUUCCUGAAGGUUUUGCAAAUUUUCAGAAAUUUGGGGAAUUUUUUUGCUGAAUUUUGGGAUUUUUUUCAGACAAGGAAACAAUAUUUUUUGGCGCCCAUAAAUGAGGACAAUGGGAGGGUUACAUUCAUCUAAUUUCUCUUGAAUUUCCAGUGAGGUUUCCUGGACUGCACUCUGGAAUGUGACCCAGCAGAGUUGGUGUUCUUCCAGAGGAGCGUUUCACUCUCUGAGUUUUUCUUCCCACACAGCCGUAUGCAGCCUCAGGUGAAAAUAAACCCACUUUAUUCUGCAAGUCUUCAACUGUGAGGAUGGAUAAUAAAGUGAGCAGCUUUUUCCUUCGAGGAUCACCAGAUCUGAGCGUUUCUGAGCGCUCCGUGAUCCGACCGAUGAACCGCUCAGAACAUUUAAAGCUAAAGACACUAAAAACCUGAGCUGCUCCUCACUCUGUCUGUCAGGCCCUGCAGCGCCCCCCUCAGGAUGGACUAAACCAGCAAGCUGGACACUGUCCUUGGUUUCCACAGCAACAGCAGACUCAGAGACAGGAAGUUGAAGUGUUGAAAACAUUUGGUUUGAAUGUCAGGACAGAAGAGCUGUUGUAGUGUGAAAUAUCUCACUUCCUCUUCUUCUAUGUGAAACUGCAGAGUUUCGACCAAAGCUCAGCUCUGAGUCCCUUUAAUUGACAAAAACAAGAAGAACCAGACACAUUUACAGACAAUAAACUGCUGGGUUUAAAUAAAUCUAUCAGUAAUGUCUGGCAUUCGGGUUUGUAUCCAUCUUGCUGUAAUUUUACUGAAUAUUUUAAGGUCAGAGUUCAACCAGCUGAUUGGUCUCAUAUUGUCACAUUUGUUCGGGGGUUUCCUGUUUAAGGAAUAAUAUAAUUAGAAGAAUAGAUGAUGGGGAGCUCAUUCUGAAAAGCCUCCAGAACAUUUACAGGAGUGGUGCUAACAAUUAGGUUUUAAUUUUCCUGUACAAAUCAGUUCUGAAAACAUCUGGUCCUGCCCUUUUUCCAGGUUUCAUACAGUCAGUCACACUUCCAGUUCAUUCUUUGGUAGAGUCUAAAUCCAGUUGUCCUCUGGGUUCUUCUGAGAUGGACGCUGUAGUUCACCUGUCUAGGUGUCCCGGCUCCAGGUAGCAGCAGGACUCUCUCCCUCCCUUCCUGAGUCAACCACCAGGUUAGCAGGAGGCAACAGGUGUUCCUCACCUGUAAUCAGCUGACCUGGAGUGAGCAGGCGGAUUGGUUCAUCAUCUACUCCCUGGGAUCCAAACCUCAGCAGGUCUACAGGCUAGUAUCAGUCACAUAACCAGACCGUGAACAAGCAGCAGUCAGUCAGUCGAGAUUCUUGUUUAGUUCUGCUCUCUGUGGGUUUUGUCUUGGCUGAUUUCCACUCUGUGUUUUUCCAGCCUGGACUCAAACCCUGGAUCCAUUUCCCUUCAGUCCUCAGCCGUUUGUAGCCACGCUGUCCCCUGGAUUCUUCCUCAUCUCGGAGCAUCCACGCCUCACCUGGUUCUGGUCUCCUCACGCCGUCUCCUGCUCCACUCCGCCGUCCACCUCCUCACCUCCUGAUGACUCCCCCGGCUUCCCACUCGGUUCCCUGUCAGCUGAGUUACCGGUCCUUAGCCAGGCUGGCAGCUUAUUUAGCGUACUGUUAGAUUCAGGGUUUUUUAUUUGCCUUUGUAUGUCUUGUGCAGUCGUGUAGUGUUUUGCUGCUUGUACAGCUUCCGUUCUAUUUCGUAUUCCCGCUUUCGUAUCAUCUUUGGUUGUUUUUUCUCUGCUAGGGUAUUCCUAGAGUUGCUUACCCGCCCUGUUUAGCGGAGCAUUUCCAGUCCUGAUUAGUUCUACGUAAUGUAGAUUCUGCCGUAGUAUUUCCUGUGUACUUUACUCUCCUGCCUAGGUAGUACCUUCCAUGGAUUAGCCACUUCGUUCCUGUUGGAUUAGAGUUAGUGUAUUUGUUCCGCCUGCCACUUCCAGUUGUAGUUCUUAGUUCAGAUUUGUAGUUUGCUUUAUUUUUCCAUUAUUGUAAAUAAAAACCUUAAACUGUU